AUGUCAGAUCCCUCGAGUAGCGAUGACGAGUUCUCAAUCAUUUCAAUAAUUCGAGGUGAACUUGAGGAGUCAGGGAAAUUGCAUUCGGGAAACAAGGAUCCUUCUAACUUCCAUGAACGCUCAAUACCUCGCUCAACGACCACUUUGAGAGAAGAAGACGAUUUCAAUGUGAAUAUACCUAGUGUAUUUUUAACAGAUGCGAAGAAAAACGAAAGCUUAGCUAAGAAUGACAAAUUGAUUAAAGAAGAGAUCAGAAAAGAUUCCCGACAAACACUUGAGGAGAAUCUAAGAGUACGAUCAGAAAAGCAGGCCAUCUUAGAAGAAUUAAAUGACAAUGGUGAUCGGAUAACAUUCUCAAUUGAUGAAGCACCUGGGGUAGAUAUUGUAGAGAAUAUAUACGGUCAGAUAAAACAGAAAGGACAAAACUCUGUCACUCGUCAUUUUUUCCUUUAUACCAACCCAAGGAGUUCAGAAAGGGCCGAGUUCCAUUCAGGUGAAAUAGAUAAUAUAUUGAUAGAUCAAGAUCCUGAAAUUUUGCAAGAAGUGCCUGGACAUAAAUUGAUGAAUGUUAUUGAUGAUAUUUUAGUCCACUCGAAUGAUAUGAUUGUAUUGGGGCAUGUCUUAGGUGUUUUGCAGUCGUCACAAAUUUGCGUCGAUCUCCCUUUUGAGAAAUUUUUACAUUACCUUAAAUCUGUUGGGGCUGAUGUCCAUAUCAUUAAAGAGGGUAAUGAAUUGCCUCUCAAGAUUUUUUGCAUUAAUGAUGUUCUUGAGUCUCAGAUUUUAAAAUUAACGAUAAUAUUUAAGAUUAUGUUGAAUCUGAAUUUUACGGAAGAUCAAUUUAAAACUAUAGUGAAGGCUUUUCUUUUGACAUCUUCUGAUUUCAACUUAAAUAAGAAAGUAUAUGAAGGGCUAAAGAACUUCACUCAAGUUGUUCUCGAAUCCAUUGUCGAAUGGCGAGUCAAGAAGCUAGGAGAGAGUGAAGCAUUUCAAAUCCAAGCAAUUGCCAAUGAAAUCCAUCAAGCUUCCUCUGAGUAUUUUAUCACCACUCUACCGCAUUCACUAGGUCGUUCCAAAAAAUAUGAUUUUGAAUUACAUUUCAACUUUUUGAAGUUGAUAGAUGACUGUUGUAAUGACCACUUUGUUUUGAAAGUUGCAAGAGAUCUUCAAGCUUUAUUUAUUUCAGGACUGGCAUCCACAAUAAAGAGUAACCCAAACACGUUGACACUUAGCACAUCGAAUAUUGAUGCUCUUUGCAAAGAGAUCAGAAAGAAGUUGAUAAGCGACAGGAUUCAAGAUCCUUAUGUACAUCUGGAACAUGUUUUUUUGAGCUAUUACAAGGUAAUGACACUCGACCUAUUAGUGAAGCUACCUUAUAAACAGCUUAAAACAGAUAUAGGACAAUCACUAAGCGAAUUGAAAAGAGGAAAUUACAAGGACUUGCACCGUCGCAUUGCAAUCAUUUCCAAGUUGCAAUCAGAUUUCUAUUCGCAACUAAAAUUAAUAGAUCACUCUGAAAUCUCAGAAGAUAAAAACUAUUAUAAAGAAGACCUAGUUAAAUAUGCUACUGCAAGCUAUAAUGUUGUCUCAUCUUUAUGCGAGAGGUUGCAUUCUGAUUUAAUGCCAUUUACGGACUUGGAUACUUUAAGCAGCCUGCAUACAUAUAUAUGA